AUGUCUGUGAAUGUAUUAAUGGUGGCAGAGAAGCCAAUAUUGGCUGAAUCUAUUGCAAGAAUUCUUUCAAGUGGAAGUUGUUCGAAUGGUGCUUGUUCAAUUUCAACGUACAAAGGAAGGUUUAAUAAUUUGUCAGCAAUAUUUAAAGUUACUUCUACUUGUGUUGAUUUUCCUGGUAAAUUUAAUGCCUGGCACAGAACCGAUCCUGUUGAACUUUUUAAUUGUCCAAUUGAACAUAUUGAGGCAAAUCCGAAAUUAAGAAUGCCUGCUUUUCUCGCUUCGGUAGCGAAAGGUUGUGAUUAUUUGGUUCUAUGGCUUGAUUGUGACAAAGAAGGUGAAAAUAUUUGUUUUGAAGUAAUUGAUGCAGUUCAAAAUUCUAUGAAGCCUUCAAGAUCUAAUAAUUUUUUGAAUGUUGUUUAUAGAGCUCGUUUUUCUGCGGUAACAGAAAAGGAAAUAAAGGAUGCAAUGAGGAAUUUAGUUCGACCCAAUCUCAAUGAAUCACUUUCUGUUGAUGCUCGUCAAGAAUUAGAUCUUCGAAUUGGCUGUGCCUUUACACGUUUUCAAACGAAAUUUUUCCAGGAAAAAUAUGGAGAUCUCGACUCGAAUUUAAUUUCUUUUGGUCCCUGCCAGACACCAACACUCGCAUUUUGUGUUGUUAGACAUGAUGAGAUUGUUAAUUUUAAACCGCAGCCUUAUUGGCUUUUACAAGCUGAAAUUGAAUUGCCUGGAGGAGGGAGAACAUUGAAAUUGGAAUGGGCACGAGAUCGUCAAUUUGAUAAAAAUGCUGCUCAAUCUUUUCUCAAGAAGAUAAAGAAUGCUAAACAUGCAACAGUCGUCGAAAUUUCUGACAAAGAACAUAAAAAAGAAAAGCCAGUAGCUCUUAACACUGUUGAAUUAUUGAAAGUUGCUUCCAGUUAUUUGGGUCUUGGACCUUCUAGUGCAAUGUCUGUUGCUGAAUUUUUAUAUACUCGUGGAUAUACUAGUUAUCCACGUACUGAAACUACCGCUUAUCCCGAAUCUUUCGAUUUUUCCUCAAUUUUAAAACAAAUUGCAAUCAUUCCUGAAUUUCAUGCUUUUGUACUAAAGAUUAUGCAAAAUGGCAUCUCCAAACCUAGGGCUGGUGUUAAUAAAGGAGACCAUCCACCGAUUACUCCCCUCAAAGCAAAAGAUAGCUGGCUUAGUGGAGAUCAUCUACGCAUAUAUGAAUAUAUUGUACAACAUUUUUUGGCAACUUUAAUGCCUUCAUGUAAAUAUUUGACUAAAACUAUUAAAUUUUCUAUUGGCGAAGAACAAUUUUUGACUCAUUCUCGUGUUGUUACAGAGCCAGGAUUCACUGAAUUGCUUACUUGGAUGGCUGUCUCACAAGAUGAAACUUUUGACCAAAUAAAGAAAGGACAAAAUUUUGAAAUAAAAGAAAUAAAAAUGGUUGAACGAAUGACAACACCUCCAGAAUAUUUAACAGAAUCAGAACUUAUAUCUUUAAUGGAAAAAUAUGGGAUUGGAACGGAUGCUUCAAUUCCUACUCACAUUAAUAAUAUUUGUACUAGAAAUUAUGUUAAGAUAGAAACUGGCCGUAAAUUAGUUCCAACAAAAUUGGGUAUAGCCCUAAUCCAUGGCUACCAAAAAAUUGAUGCAGAUUUAGUUGAGCCAACAACGAGGGCAAAUGUUGAGAAACAGUUGAAUUUAAUUGCAGAGGGAAAAGCAGAUUAUAUUGCAAUGAAAAGUCAAACUUUGGAUAUGUUUAAACAAAAAUACGAAUAUUUUGUAACAAAUAUUAAAUUGGUUGAUUCUUUUUUUGAAGAUUCUUUCAAAACUUUGGUUGAGAGUGGAAAACCUUUCAGUAAAUGUGGUAAAUGUCGUCGUUAUAUGAAACUUGUUGAGGCAAGGCCACAACGCCUUUAUUGUCCAACAUGCCAGGAGCAAUACCCUGUUCCUUCUGCCAAAGAUGCUUCUGUCCGCCUUCAUGGCGAGCAUUUAUGUCCAAUUGAUGGAUUUGAGUUACUCUAUUUUCACCCUGCUGGAGGGAAACUGGCCAAGUCUUUUGCAUUUUGCCCUCAUUGUUACAACAAUCCACCUUUUGAAGAUAUGCGUGGAAGGCAUCCAGGCUGUAAUGAAUGUAGUCAUCCAGAAUGUCAACAUUCUUAUAUAACUCAAGGAGUACUCCAAUGUUUAACUAGAUGUUUUGGUGGUAGAGGAACUCUUGUACUUGAUCCUCAAUCUGGACCUAAGUGGAGACUCUCGUGCAAUAAAUGUCCUGCUGUGGUCAGCAUUUUUGAAGGCGCUGCGAAAUUGAAAGUAAUGGAUAGAUGUGAAAAAUGUGGUGCUAGAAAAUUGUCUGUAGAAUAUAAGAAUGCCAAAACUUCCAAACUCCCAGAUCAGGCUUGCAAUUUUGUUGGAUGUGCAUUUUGUGAACAACAUAAUUUGGGGGAAUGUGUUAACUUUCGACACGCUUUUUUAGAUAAGGAACCAAAUAUUGGUGGUAGUCGUGGUACAAGAGGAAGUCGAGGAGGGAGGGGACGAGGACGGGGUAGUACAACCACAAGAAGCAAUUCUUCAAAUCGUGACAACGUCUCCUCAGGCCGCGGGGGUGUUAGAGGGAGAGGAACUCGAGGACAAAGUAGAGGAACGAGCCGCGGAAGGGGCAUAAGAGGAGGUAGAGGGAAUUAA